CUGGGCAAAACUCAGAAUUCAGCACCGAUAGGGCGACAGGGCUGCGGCUGCAUGCCUAAUGUUGUCCAACUCGAGAUACCCAUAUUAUGCGAAUAGACUUUUUGUGCAACACUUGUAAGAAAACUCAAUUCCUUCUAUAAAACUCUGCAACUUUUAAUGGUCAUAGCCUUUGAGAUCGGCUUCCCAAGCUACUACUACUUCAGAACCAUAUAACGUUUUGUUUACUCCAACAUUCAAAUUAGCUAUCUAUCCUACACAUAACCUCGGCGGUACCUUACGUGGGUUCCUGCAGGUAGUUGGGGUUCGGAGCGAAUGGCGAAAGAGGUAAUUGCUUGUCGCCGCAAACGCCGUUCAUCGGCGAAAGACAACGGAUACUCUCCGUAUUGACAAUUAUUCAUCAAGAUAUCGCGACGAGACCCCGCUCCUUUGAUGUCGAAUUACCUCCGUAUUAUUCAGCCGAGACCGAGGACACAUAGAACCGACUUAUCUCCCUAACCUUACCAAUCAGACCAAUGUAAUAGCUACUAACCCCCGAAAAGUCUGAUACAAUCACUACGCUCUCAUUUUCUAUGCUUAUAUCAAGAUACACUUCCCUUGUAUUCCUAUUACCUAUUUUAUGUGUUUUGAUUGCAUAAAUGAGCAAAAGUCUUUCUCACAUUAUACGUUGCCAAAACUGUCGCAAGCUUUCGAGUAAACGUCAUAUCGCCCGAAAUUAGCAACCUAAAAGUAAAAAUCAAAGCGUAAUGGGGGCAGCGAUUCCGGACCUCCCGAUCCUCGCUGAAGACGACUCGAUGCUGUCGAGAAAAUUUGGCCGCGAGAUCGCCAACUACUUUAGCGGUAGCCCUCUAAAUCGAGUUUCCUUUUUAAGGACGGAUUAUGGCUUCUUACGCGCUGCUUUCGCUCACCCUAGCGCAUCAUUCUUGUUGUUAAAUAACUUAUCGCCCCUCGCGAAAGACGCCGCAAACCUUUCCUACGUAACUAGAGACGUAGUUGUACCACUAACCGGCGAAGAGCCCUUUAAAACUUCCGAGGAGGAACAGGCUAAGGGGUUCAACUCGGAUGUUACACAGGCUGUCAUCUUGUUUCUUGGCAUCGAUGAGAAGAAGACCGAGUUCGAGUAUCGCGAGUAUAAGGGCAAGCCAUACUUCGCUAUUGACGUCACCCCGAAAGGUACCGUCAUAGAGAAAGCCACAAGUAUCAUUGAUAUUGUCAAAACGAAUGGCAUCUCUUUCAUCGAUGGGAGGAGGCUUUUGUCUCUGAAUGCUCCUGAAGCGGCGAUAUACGCAGAAGCUCGUGCUUUGUUAGAUUGGAAUGCUCGGAAUCCAUUUUGCGGCGGCUGUGGCCAGCCGACGUUGUCAACCAAUGCCGGAUGGAAGCGAGUCUGUCCAUCAUCAGAUUUAGCGGGCGUCCCUGAAGGUGGCGCUGCAAAGGAGAGAUCAGACUGUCCCACGCGACACGGCGUGAGCAACCUCUGCUUUCCACGAACGGACCCCACCGUCAUUAUGGCAGUCGUCUCAGCCGACGGUACCAAGCUCCUUCUUGGUCGAAACAAGCGCUUCCCUCCAAACUGGUACAGUACGCUGGCAGGUUUCCUCGAACCUGGUGAGUCUAUCGAGGAAGCGGUACGGCGCGAGACUUGGGAGGAGAGCGGCGUAACCGUCGGUCGCGUCGUAAUCCACAGCUCGCAGCCCUGGCCCUACCCGGCAAACCUGAUGAUUGGCGCGAUUGGCCAGGCGGCUCCUGGGGGAGAGACGAUACACCUCGGCCAUGAUGAGGAGUUGACUGACGCUAAGUGGUUCACCUUCGACGAAGUACGGGAAGGCAUGAACAACGGGGUCAGCGCUCUAGGAGACCCGGCGCCUUCAGGGUACAAGGAGGGUGCCUUAAGACUACCGCCACAGACCGCCAUCGCUAACCAGCUGAUACAAGCCGUUCUGAGGGGCUACCUAGACAUGGUACCAAAGAUUUGAGAAAUCUCGCUUAGGUAUAUAUGUAUAGCAUGAACACAGGGGGUGGCAUUUGAUCAACACGAACUGCGUAGGAUUUGAUGAACAGAGAUGAGGUUGGUUUAGCAAUAGAGGGAAAGAUUCAUGACGCAUUGGGCGAUGUGGCGUAUAGAAGUAGGAGAUAUGGUUAGCUAGCAUAUAGACACAUAGAAAUUCACACUACCUAGCAUCAAUCUUGAAAGUCAAGCAGCUGUAGUCUUGAAACUGAGAGCAGAAUUGUAUCGA